AUGACAUCGCAUUCAGAGUGGGGCUUCGAAACCACUGCCUCGGAGGUUGCGGAUACCUUUGCAGAAGGGAUAAGAGGCCGAACAAUCCUCAUAACGGGCGUUAGUUUGGGUGGACUCGGCGGUACGACAGCAAAAGCGCUGGCAGCGCACGCUCCCCGUCUCCUCAUCUUGACUGGAAGGUUUCGUGAUAAGGUAGACGCGGUCAUCCACGAGAUCCGACAUGACCACCCUCGGAUCAACUGUCGCUUUCUGCAAAUCGAUCUCUCCUCACAGUCUUCUGUUCGGAAAGCGGCGGCAGAACUUCUCAAUUACGACGAUGUAGAUGGCAUCGAUCUGCUCAUCAACAAUGCCGGGGUGAUGGACGUGCAAGAACGGACACUUUCAUCUGAAGGGAUCGAGCUGCAAUUUGCCACCAGUCACAUCGGCCACUUCCUUCUCACCAAUCUCAUCAUGCCAAAGCUGAUAUCGGCGGCUGCCCAAACACCCCGUAAUCAACAUUCAGCUAAUGUCCGGAUCAUCAAUGUGUCUUCAUCCGCUCAUGUAUUCAGCCCUAUCCGUUUCUCUGAUCACACCUUCUCUAAGCCUGUUGAGGCAAUCCCAGAAGAUGAAUGGCCAGACUUCGACCGCUUUCGCGCUAUCAACGGUAUGCCAGACGACUCUUCGCCCUAUAUCCCAUUCGCUGGCUACGGUGAAUCCAAAACUGCAAACGUGCUUUUCUCUUUGUCCUUGACUUCUAGGCUGGCAAGCAGGUACAAUAUCACAUCGUUUGCUUUGCACCCAGGAUCUAUACCAACGGAGUUGCAAAGGAAUAGCGACCAGGAGAAAUUGGCAGAGAGCCGCAGGAGAUUCAGACUGACAAAACGUAGGAACUUGGAGCAAGGCUCCAGUACGACGCUGGUGGCAGCACUGGAUCCUGGUCUCCUAGCCGGAAAUAUCGACGAGGGUAGCGGGCUUUACCUUGAUGAUUGUCAAAUCGGAAAACAGGCAGAUUGGGCCAAAGAUCCUCGAGCUGCAGAAAGAUUGUGGCAGCUAAGUGAGAAGUUGGUAGGGCAGACUUUCGAUUCUUGA